UCCUAAUGAACAUAAAGGAGUUGGUGCUUAACCCCCUAUAACUAGCAUAAUUUACAAGGCUGCACGGUCCUAUAACGCAACUGAAAGAUGGAUAAUUCAGUCAAAAUGUUGAUAUUAGGUGGCUGUGCGCUGGGGGCACUUCUUUUGAUAAUUAUUCUACCUAUGAGCUUUGGAGAUGUUGAGUAUUAUGAGAUUGGUUUUGCGAAGCAGAAGUCCACUGGAAAAGUCGAUACAACUAAAGUUUAUACAAUGGGUCGCUACCUUAUUGGGCCCGACUACACAUUCAAGAAGUUUCGAUCCGACGCUCAUUUCGAGAAACUGGUGAAGAUUGGUGUUUUCACGAAGGAUAAGAUCGAAGUAGAAAUCUCUUUUGCAUUUCAAUAUUUUUUGAAAGCCGAGGAUUUACAUGACCUUCACCAACAAUAUGAUUUGUUUUACAAACCAAUUGUACGUUCAACAGCCAACGCAGCCAUCAAAUCCAUCGCAGCAGACAUUACUAUAUCAGAUUACCUAAGGAAACGAGAGACCGUUGAGAACAAACUUUUCAAAGCAGUUGCUGAUCGUCUGGGAGGAAAGUGUUGUAGGAAGGACUGCAAGGUCAAUAAAUGCAGACAAGGCUGUUUACCAUACCGAGAUUGCAAAAAGAGUGAUAAAGGGGUGUUCGUUGAUGUUCGCUACUUUCAGCUGCUCGACUUCGACAUCCACAAUGACGUGAAGAGUCGAUACUUGAGACAAGUCACUGAAAGAGAACAAGAAGAGGAAGCAAACUUCAAACUAAAGGAAAAGAUUGAGCGCAAGGAAACAGACCGUUUAAUGAACACCCUGCAAAACGAGGCACAGCAGAUAAAGCAAAAUGCAUCAGCAGAAUCCACAGUGAUUAUGGCCAAAGCAGAAGCUGAUGCCCUAGUCCAGGUAGAACAAGCCCGUAACACAGGCUUAGCACAAGUCUUCACAUCCCUUGGAAUCAAAACUGAGUCUCAUAAAGCAUCGUAUAUUUACUUGACAGCGCUAAGACAACAGCAUAAGGCCAAAAUUAAUAUUAAUUAUAACACUCUGAUGGCUAGGGAUUAAGGACAAUAUUGUGACAUUUUCGUCUUUUUCUAAAAAUGUAUUGGUUAUGACUUGUUGUCUGAUUAUCGCCACCUCAAGGUGCAGUAUCAAUUUCACAUGUAAAUUUAUCAAAGUGUGCUUCCUCUUUUCCUUAGUUCUUCUCGGUUCUUCUUCUUGUUUCUGUUCUUAUUUGUGAUCUAACGAGUUUUUCAGGCCUAAGGAUUUCAGGUAUCAUGGCUACAGCUGUAUGCAAUAAACAUACAGUGCUUCCAGUGAAGCUAAAUAAAAAAAGUAACUCACAGACACUUCACCAUCAUCUGGCCAGGCUAAAAUCUUUUGAAUUGUAUCGGCGCAGAUGUUAAUUGCAGAAAAUGCUCAACCUACCAAAAACCACUAGAAUAGCUAGAAUGCGAUUAGCUUACUUCAUAGUAGCUAUGCCGAUAAACAACAGACACAGGUCAGUUGUACGAAAGCCCAAUAAAGUUAUUCACUCCACAAAGCUAUCCACAAUUAAUAUAGUUUGAAUGGAUUUUAUCCUUGAUGAGGGUUUAUAGACGAUAUUCACCAUUCAUACAACCGGUCCUAAAAUUCUAAAAAGGUCGAAUUAUUAUAAUUUGUAUUAUAUAUUUAAGCAAAAAGCACUGAUUAAGUUAACGCGUGUUUUCAUAAUAAAAAUGUACUGAAAGAACAA